AUGACCAGUUUUCAACAAAUUCCCCUUGGCAAGAGACUUUUUCGUGGAAGGGCGACUGCGAGCUGCAAGAACUCAAUAAAGACAUCCGUCAAGGUGGAGACAAGAGUUGAUCCGCCCUUAUACUUAUACGCAUAUCUGCCGGUAGGAUUGGCACGAUGCUUGCUUUGA